AUGACAACCCUCUUUGAAUCCGCUCGCCUUCGCUAUCGCGGUUUCCGCAAAUCAGAUCUCGACAUCCUCUAUGACCUCUUCAACGAUCCCGGAAUCCAACUAAGCGCGAACGACCACUACGUCAUUCCUCGUCCAGAGUCAUUCAAAGACAUGCUCGAACAGUGGACCUCCAACCUGCUGUUCUGUGUCAUUGUGGACAAGGAAACGGAAAGGUUUGUGGGGCAGUGUGGGCUGAGAUACGAAGGCUUGGGAGAGAAGAACAGGGAUGCGACGGUGGGGUUGGCAUUGCGAAAAGAAUUCUGGGGAAACGGGUUCGGAACAGAGGCCGUCGAAUGGAUGGUCCAGAUGGGAUUCAAAACACUGGGCUUGCACAGAAUCUCACUUGACGUUUUCUCCUCGAACUCGAGAGCGGUGGCGGUAUACAAGAAGUGCGGGUUUCUCCAGGAGGGUGUCAGACGAAAAGCGUUGUGGAGGCUGGGAAAAUGGGAGGAUGUGAUAACUAUGGCUAUCCUGGAUGAGGAGUACUGGACUCAGCACCCUCUUCAGUAGAUUCAGGAAAUGAGUCCACCUACAUGAGCAUGUGGCGCUGUACGUACCAUGGUCGCCACACUGUAUGAAUUUUCUGAACUG